GCCGACGCCUCAUUUUCUUAUUUUCAUUAUAAAUAUUGAUACGUUCAUUGAUUGCUUUUAUGUUACGGCAAGAAUGAAAGAUAAAAAAUAGAAGCCAUGGAAGUGGAUGAUUCUGACUAUGAGAAUGAAUUGGGUCCAGUACCUGAGAGUGAGCUUCAGAAGCAAGUAGAUGUUGCAAAGAUUGUUGACAGAGCUUUUGAACAUGUCAAGCACAAUCAGGCAGCAGAAGAAGUAGCAGAUAUCAUAGCUGGUACAGAGGGACUUUGUUCUUUAGAAGGAGUAGCAGUUCAAGACCCUUUACCUCCGGAGAUUCAGGCAAGAAACUUUAGGGUAUCGCACACUUCCAGUGGAGUGGGGUCUGAUGGAACAGGAUCUCGGAGUAUUCACCUUCGCUACUCAGGCACAGCAAGCUUCGAAGUUCAAAAUUUUGCAGCAAGUGGUGAAACUGUUGAUGAUCUUUUAAAUGCCUCACCAUCCCUGGAGACAUUGCACAAGCUGAACUCAACAUUACAGAAGCGGUUUGAAGAGAAACUAGUCAAACUAGAGAGGAUAUUACAGACCAACCUUGCCAGACAGGCACAACUAAAAGAUGAAAUCUCACAAGACAAAGCGAACCUUGAACAGGAGAAGAAGGGAGAUGCAAGGGAAAAAGCGCCUUUUCGAGUUUCAAAUUUCUGUGUUCCCUAUUUUAAAAAUCGCAGCGGGAUGAAUGCUCCUAAGAAUGAAGAUGCUAAGUUCAAGCUUGACAACGGCUGCCUGGACCUUUAUACAACACGUGCUCGCCAAUGGAAGGCAAAGGAAAAAGAGGCCUUGAAGGAGAGUGUUCACAAGGAGUGGAAGCAGCAGCUCAUAGGCUCAAAGGAACUGAAGCUGCGGGAGCUCCAGAGAAAGUUGAGGAAUGCUGCCGACCCCAACAGUGCAGAAACAAUACUGGAAGAGAUGACAGAGGAUCUUGAGAGGCAAAUUAGGAAUUUACAAUCGACACCAGCAGAAUCUCUAACACCUCCACCACAUGCGAAAAUGGAUUGGGAGAAAAUAGCAGCUCAAGCAUUUGAUGGACAUCGCACAUCUGAUGAAUGCAGCUUGCAGUGGGAGAACCUUCUUCAUCCUAGCAUCAACACUUCAGAUUGGGAUCCUAAGGAAGAUAUGAUAAUUCAGGAACUGGUGACAUCAAGCAAGCAUGAUGUUCCAGACUGGAACAAAAUUGCAUCAAAAUUAAUGACACAACGCACAGGAUACCUGGUGAUGCAACGGUGGGUGUCGUUUAUUGCUCUACUCUAA